UCUCGCACGCGCAAACUGCGAUAGUCAAAGCAAAGCCCCACAGUUUCACUUCCCCGGUGGGUUGCAGAGUAACAGCUUGCCAGCUUUCCAAUGUGUUACUCCCAUUAUAAAUAAAUAAUUUAAUUAAUGUUACCAGCUCGUCGCUUACUCGGUGCUCCCUCUUUCUUUUCCAAACAUCUCUUACUAGCUGCGCCUGCGUUAUCUUCAACAACUCUCUCGUACAUUCAUCGAGACAUCUCAACUCAGGCCAUGUCACGCCGUCCUAAUUUCCAAGGCGGCCGUCGCGGAGGCGGAGGCGUACCCGGUCGUGGUGGUGAUAGAGGACGGGGACGAGGAGGACGUGGAGGAGGACGUGGUGAGCAGCGGUGGUGGGAUCCUGUUUGGAGAGCGGAACGAUUGAGACAAAAACAGAGUGAGAUGGAGGUUCUUGAUGAAGAUGAAUGGUGGAGUAAAAUGGAGCAAAUGAAGCUUAGAGGGGAGCAAGAAAUAAUAAUGAAGCGUAGUUUUAGCCGCGAUGAUCAGCAAAAGCUGUUUGAUAUGGCUUUCGAAUUGGGGCUUCACUUGAAGCCAUGCAUACAAUAAAGGCAAAACCCUUGUUGUUAGCAAAGUUCCACUACCAGAUUAUCGAGCUGAUCUUGAUGAGCAACAUGGAUCCACACAGAAAGAGAUCCAAAUGCCUACAGAUAUUGAGAGGAGAGUUGGAAAUCUUUUGAAUAGCUCACAAAAAGCAGCGGCUGGAAAUGAGUCCGAUGCAACUUCUUCGCAGGGAGGCAAACAUGGAUCUCUUGGUGGUAAAAUGGUGAAACCUGCUUCCAUGUUGGAAACAGAUGCUGCUAAGGAGAAACAGAGUAUUGAACUAAAGCAGAAGCAGGAUAAAUUAAAGGCUAGUAGCAGCGUGAAGGAAAUGCAGUCUUUCAGAGAAAAGCUUCCUGCAUUCAAAAUGAGAACUGAAUUUCUGAAAGCAGUUGAAGAAAAUCAGGUAUUGGUAAUUUCAGGGGAAACAGGUUGUGGUAAAACAACACAGCUUCCUCAGUAUAUAUUGGAGGAGGGAAUAUCAUCUCUACGUGGUGCUCAUUACAACAUAGUAUGCACACAACCCCGCCGUAUAUCUGCCAUUUCUGUUGCUGCACGAAUAGCAUCUGAAAGGGGAGAGAGCCUUGGUGAAACUGUUGGUUAUCAAAUUCGUCUGGAAGCAUUACGAUCUGCUCAAACCCGGCUCCUUUUUUGCACCACUGGUGUAUUACUUCGGCAGCUGGUUCAGGAUCCGGAUUUAACUGGUGUGAGCCAUUUGGUAGUGGAUGAAAUUCAUGAAAGAGGAAUGAAUGAGGACUUCCUGCUGAUUAUUUUGCGCGACCUUCUUCCUCGGCGUCCAAAUAUGCGUCUUAUUCUAAUGAGUGCUACCAUUAAUGCUGACUUGUUCUCUAAAUACUUCAGAAAUGCCCCGACUAUUCAUAUCCCGGGAUUAACUUUCCCUGUAUCAGAGUUCUAUCUAGAAGAUGUGUUGGAGAAAACUCACUAUGAAAUUCAAGAGUUGGACAGCUUUCAGGGGAAUUCAAGACAAAGAAGAAGAGAGCAAUAUUCAAAGAAGGAUCCUAUAACUGAAUUAUUCGAGGAAGUUGAUAUUGGUUCUCAAUAUAAAAAUUACAGCGCAUCAACAAGACUUUCUCUGGAAGCUUGGUCGGGUUCACAGCUUGACUUGGGUCUGGUGGAGGCAGCAAUUGAAUAUAUUUGUCGUCAUGAACGUGAGGGAGCUGUUCUUGUUUUUCUCACAGGCUGGGAUGAGAUCUCCAAGCUGCUUGAGCAGAUUAAAGGAAACAAACUUCUAGGAGAUCAAAGCAAGUUUCUAGUCCUUCCCCUACAUGGUUCAAUGCCAACCAUAAAUCAACGUGAAAUUUUUGACCGUCCUCCCCCUAACAAGCGAAAAAUUGUUCUGGCAACAAAUAUUGCAGAGAGCAGUAUUACCAUAGAUGAUGUGGUGUAUGUUGUAGACUGUGGAAAGGCAAAGGAAACCAGUUAUGAUGCACUGAACAAGCUGGCUUGUUUGUUACCAUCGUGGGUUUCAAAGGCUUCAGCACAUCAGAGACGGGGGCGUGCUGGCCGAUUGCAACCAGGAGUUUGUUAUAGAUUGUAUCCAAAAAUCAUACAUGAUUCAAUGCUUCAAUAUCAAUUACCAGAAAUACUGAGAACACCUUUGCAAGAACUGUGUCUGCAUAUAAAAAGUUUGCAGCUUGGAGCUGUGGGAUCGUUUUUGUCAAAGGCUUUACAGCCACCAGAUCCUCUUGCUGUGGAAAAUGCAAUUGAACUACUUAAAACCAUUGGGGCUUUAGAUGAUAAGGAGGAGCUUACUCCACUCGGUCGUCAUCUUUGUACUCUCCCUGUGGACCCAAAUAUUGGGAAGUUGCUUUUGAUGGGGUGUGUCUUUCAAUGCCUCAGCCCUGCUUUAACAAUUGCUGCUGCUCUUGCACAUCGUGACCCAUUUGUGCUGCCAAUAGACAGGAAAAGGGAAGCUGAUGCUGCAAAAAGAUCCUUUGCUGGUGACUCUUGCAGCGACCACAUAGCACUUGCUAAAGCUUUUGAAGGAUACAAGGAAGCAAAAUGCAACCGAAAUGAAAGAGCAUUUUGUUGGGAGUAUUUCUUGUCCCCUGUUACUUUGCGGAUGAUGGAGGAUAUGAGAGACCAGUUUCUGAACUUGCUAUCAGACAUUGGCUUCGUAGACAAAUCCAGGGGUGUUAGUGCUUAUAAUCAAUAUAGCCACGACAUGGAGAUGGUAUCAGCAAUCCUUUGUGCUGGUCUUUACCCAAAUGUUGUGCAAUGUAAAAGAAGAGGAAAGCGAACAGCAUUCUUCACUAAGGAAGUUGGGAAGGUCGACAUCCAUCCUGCAUCUGUAAAUGCUGGGGUCCAUCUCUUCCCUCUGCCUUACAUGGUUUAUAGUGAAAGGGUGAAAACAACUAGCAUUUAUGUCCGAGACUCAACAAAUAUUUCAGAUUAUGCUUUGCUUCUUUUUGGUGGUAAUCUUGUUGCCAGCAAAAAUGGAGAGGGUAUUGAGAUGCUAAGAGGUUACCUCCAUUUCUCUGCAUCGAAGAGUGUAUUGGAUUUGAUACAGAAACUGAGGGGAGAACUAGACAAGCUUCUGAGUAAGAAAAUUGAGGAACCAUGCCUGGACAUUAACGUGGAGGGAAAGGGAGUUGUAUCUGCGGUGGUUGAGUUACUGCACAGUUACAAUGUAAGGUACUAAAUUACCUUUCAACUGAGGACUUUCGACCUUUUUCAUAGGAUCCUCCCAUUUGCAUGUAAUAUUUUUGGUGAUAAUAAUUGAUAUACAAUUUUUGCUUGGCGAAAUCAAACAAGAUCUUCUCAAGUGCCC